AUGGGAGACGUAAUUUUGUACAUCGAUGAGGCGAAUUUGAAGUUGAAAAUAUCUCGUUGCAGAAUCUGCCAUGAAGAAGAAGCAGAAAGUUUUUUCGAAGUUCCUUGUGCUUGCUCAGGAACCGUCAAGUUCGCACACAGAGAUUGCAUACAACGUUGGUGUAACGAGAAAGGAAACACGACUUGCGAAAUCUGUCUUCAGGUGUAUAGACAUGGAUAUACGGCAGUGCCAAAACAACCUAAGUUGAUUGAAGCAGAAGUCAUCACAAUCAGAGAAAAUGGACGAAGAAGAAGUAGAAGAUUAGUGUCUAUAUCUCAACCUGAUUUUCCUCAGUGUAACUCUGUUGCUGAUAGAGGAGCUUUCUUUUGCAGAUCACUAACUUUCACUAUUUCAGUAUUGUUGCUGAUGAAACAUACGCUCGAUGUGAUUUAUGGAACCGAAGAGUAUCCAUUCACAGUAUUUACGGUACUAACAUUAAAGGCAAUUGGAAUUUUAUUGCCAAUGUUCAUUAUAAUUCGGACAAUCACAUCUAUUCAGAAAACUCUCCGUCGUCGUCAUCAAUAUCCCGAAUCUGAAGAAGAUACGUUGAGCUCUGACGACGAUGUAGACGACGAUGACUCGGAAGAAGAAGAGCAACAACAACAUUUGGCUUAA